AUUCUCGUUCAGUAUCCAAUUAGACUGCGACGGCUGCUUUGCCAAAGAUCGGAGCGAACACACAUUUGGCCGCGAGCGUAGUCCGGACCUUAAGCGGUAAUCCCACACCAGGAGCGGUGGCCAGUUACCGGAUAUUGUCCAAGGUUUGAAACAACAACCACAACAACGUCUGAAAAAGUGGAAACGUCUGAAACAGGCGGCGGGGAGGAAGAGGAAGACGAAGACGAAGAAGAAGAAGCAGCAGCAGCAGAGCUAUAGCUAUAAAGAAGCUAUAGUGGCCGAGGCGAUAUCAAAACCAAUAGGAGGGAGCGUCGGGGCGCACACACAAAGAAACCAAAGACAAAGUCGGCGAGUCUUCGAGUCUUCGAAGAGAAAGGCUGGGAACGACUGGGAAGAAAGAGAGUGAAGAGUGGCCGCAAUAGAGUGGCAGGAGGAGAGAGAGAGCCUGUCAGCCAGAGAGACAGGGACAGAGACGGUGACGGCGGUCAGCGACGUUUGGAAAAAGUCGUUCAAAAUAUUGCGCAUACGCCGUGUGAACCGAAAGCAAAGAACAACAAGCCGUGUGCUCAUCUUUUUUUUAUUUUCUUCUUGGGGCUAUCUGUGCGUAUCGAUCGAGCUUGAUUAAGCCACCACAGACAAAGAGGAGGUGGAGGUAGAGAGCAGCCAAGGAGGAGGAGGAGUGAAAGGAUCGCACUGGACAGGAGCGGUGUGGGUCUGCUGCCGCCAAGGAACCACAUUUCGAACUGCAGCCGGCUAUUAAUCCAGCUUCAAGACGUCUUGCAAACGGCUAAAAAUGGAGAAGACUCCCCGGUACACGCAGCGGGAGCGGAACAUGGUGCUGCGCUAUGCGGCGCAGUACAAGGACGUCAUCGAGAACAAGCGCACGGACGCCGAGUCGAACCGCAAAAAAGACGAAGUGUGGCUGGAGAUCGCCAAGGAGUUUAAUUCCCGGGUCUAUCACCAGCGCAGCGCCAAACAGCUGCGCCAGCUCUACAAGAACAUGAAGCUGCUGCUCAAGAAGGAUCUGUGCGGCGAGGACAAGACAAAUCCCUCGUUCAUGGAUCUGCUCAACAAGCUGUCGCAGCCGGACUCUAUGGCCCAGUACAUUUCCGAUCAGUUCUCGCCCGAUGGCGCGGGCGGAGGCGGGAGUGGCUCCAAGCAAGGCGGUGCCGGAAAUGGCAAUCACGGCGACGACUACGACGACUCCAAGGUGGGUGUGCGACCUGUUCUUCUCGGCCAGCAUGUAACUUACUCCGUUUCUGACCAUUUUCAGCUCCCACACUACGGCGAGGGGAUGGAUACGGAGGUCAUCCUGAUCAAAUCGGAGACCAUCAGCGACAACGAGCAGACGGACAACGGCAUGGACUGUUUGGACGACGACGAUGACGACGACUGUCUGAGUCCCAAGGCGCCCGAAGUCUGCCUCGAGGAAGAGGACGAUGUGCUCUUUCCCACAGACCUGCGCCAGCUGCAGCAAGUCUCCUCUUCGGCUGCCUCGGCGGCGGGAGUUGGGGCCUCCACGGCCUCGCUGCCGGGCAACAUAUUCAGCAACGGCAUUGCGGAUCCUGUGCCACGUGCCGCCAGCUCGCCCGUGUGCUCCACUAAAACCUCGGCAAGCUCCAGCGGCAGCUACGCCCCGGGAACACCAAAGCCAGACAUCACCAUCCAGAACUUGGGACACAUCCGAGUCGGGUCCUUUGCGAACAUAAACAAGACGCUGCAGAACGGCGGUACAAGUUCGGGUGGAAUCCAGUCCGCUAACGGGGUCAACUCCAAUGGAGUACUGUCCCUGACCGCGGAGCAAGUGCAGCAGCACACACUGCUCAAUGGCCUCGGCCUCUCCGCCGUGAACCGUGAACCCCAGAGUCUACAGGCAGCCAUCAAUGCUGCCACAGCUUUCGUCUCCGCAAACAACUCCUCGGGGGUUGCCAGCAGUCGUGGCACCCCACCCACCCUGCAGCUGCCACGCCUACAGAGGGGCAACAACAACAACAACAGCCACACUGGAAACGCCAACAACUCGUCGGUGUCCACGAACGGAGUGCAGCUGCUGCUCAACGGAGGCCACCAUAGCGGGCACCAUAACCAGCACAAUCAGCAUGCGCAUCAGAAGUCUGGAGGCGUGGCAAUCGGAGCAGCCGGCAGCUUCAACGGCUACAAUGGCCUGGCCGUGGUUCCGUGCGCCAAUCUGAACACCAGCAGCGGAUCGGGCAGUGGCGGAAGCAGUGCCAACAGCAGCGGGGCCGGCUUGGGCCUUCACAGCGCAGGUUCUGGAGGCGGAGGGAUCGGAGCAAGCGGCUCCCGCACCCAGCAGCAGGAGCUCAUGAACUCGUUGAGGAUCGAGGAGAGCAAGCGGAAGAUCGACCUGCUGAACGCCCAGAUAGAGUACUGGCAGACCCUGACCCGCAAACUGAACACCCAGACGGGACACCUGCCGAAUCCGGCCUGCCCGUGCCACUUUCCCGGCGCCAAUGCCCUCUCGCCGAGCGCGGCCGGCGUCGGAGCCGGUAGCUCCUCGUCCUCUGUAUCCGCCAGCGUUCUGCAGAGCCAGGCCAGCAGCAGCUAGUCCGCCGGGAAUGGAGAUGGUGGAUGCGGCGGCCUAGAGGAGGAGGACGAGAACGCCAGCGACAGCGACAUCAUCUCCAUAGUGGACAUAGAUGAUGACGACGAUGAGCAGGACGAGGAGGAGCAGGAAACCGACGACGAGGAGGAGAAGGCCAUGGCGUUUUCUGCGCUUCGCCACGAGGACGUCGAGGAGGAUGACUCACAGGAUGCCUUGGUGAAGGAUGUGGGCGUGGUGGGCCCCGCCUCGCCACGAGAAGCCGCCUCCAAGCUGCUGCGCCAGCUCGCCGAGGAACGGUGUUAGUAUUUUUUUCUAGUUCGCAUGCCAUGUAUUAACCUAAGCAGCCACCUUUCAAUCCUAGUUUUAGCCAUUAUCCCGCAGUCGUACCCAUGCCUAUAUAGAAAGAGGAAUAAGUCUAUAUGUGGGUAUGGGUGUAACGUACAGAUAACGUACAAUUAGGCCUAGUUUGAGUGCCAAAAAGGCAGAGAAGCCUUGCCAUCAAGAAAGCUUGCCAAAGGACCCGCUUUUGUGGUCACACCACUCGCAAACGCUAUUUAUUUGCUAACCUACAAGUAGUCCUUAGUCUAAGUUGUUCUUUUUUUUUUUCCUUAUCACUAUUUAAUUAUUUUUUCGGUUUGUUUUGAAUCCGUUUUUGAUGUUAAGUUUUUUUUUGAAGAGCUGCAACCAAAAAUAAGAGAAGAUCUUAACAUUGUACAUUUAUUUUAAAGUUUAUACUAAGUGCUUACUUACUUAAUGAGAACCGAUGCCCCAAAGAGCCGGGAGACGAGAAAACAAAGAACGAAACUGUACAAAUGUGGUUCCUAAUCUAGUCCUUAAAGUCCUUAGGAGACGAAUUAUAAAGAAGCAUCAAGCCGAGAACUUGUAUUAUUUUUAUAGACCUUCAGCCCCGACCAGUUCCUUUCCCGAAACCCCAAAUCCUACAAAAAUGAGAGUACAGAACCCAAAAAAGAAACCUUGCCUAAGAAUCGUAGCUAAUUUAAUGUACUUAAAGAACCAAAAAGAGCGGAAAGCUAAACGCUAAUGAAAUAAAGUCUGUACAGAUAAAAAAAAGUGAAUGUUGAGGAGAGAAACUUGCUAGUCGUCGCUACAUACUUGUAUUUUAGUGUAGGGUACAGCCAUUUAGUUACUAAUUGUACGUGUAAAAUACGAAUAAUUGACUACCCAGUAACCACAAUUUACAAAGGAUCAACCUUACCACACUUUAAAACACAAACCAAACCAAAAAAAAAAACAAAAAACCAAAUGUGGAAAACCGUACAACAACAAAAACACAAAUCUUUAUACAAAUUUUGUAAACAAAUUUAUAAAUAAAACAAUGAAUUUACUUUGUGGCCUA